AGAUGGGCUCGUUUUUGCGGGCGUUGGGCCUUAGCUCUGGAGUCCCGAGGGGCGUGGCUGCCGCCGAUACUCUCACGUCGUUUUCGUGCCUCCUAGUCCAGAGGGCUCAGAGCCCACUACGCGAAGGGGCCCCUCUUGGCUCUGCCCCACACGCAAGGGUCACCUCAGGCCGAGCUCCGGGACGGCCGCGCUUCCCCCGGCUGAGACCGCAACCCGGUCUGACACUGCUCACCUCCUGCUCCCACCCAGGCGGGCGAGUGGGCAGAGUCGGGCCGCCCUCCCCGCGGCCCUCAGGAGUGAGCCCCAGAUCUGCGGGCUCCGCCUAGGCGGCCCUGAGCCAUCAGCCGAGAGACGGGAAGAGGAGCAGGGCACUCCUGAGGCGCGGGUCCAGGUGGGAGGGCAGUAGUCCCCUCUGGCCUCCUGGUUCUCUCGGAGCGAGGUGUUUCCCCUCCUCUGCCCGAUCCCUCGCCACGCACAGGCAUCCACGCUCAGCCUUCAAUACCUAUUUACGGGCUCCCAGGCCAGGAUGUGGAGAAAGUUCAUUAACCUCAAGAUUCAGAAGCACCAUUAACAGCACAUACUUCGGAGUCAAAUCCAGACUGUUAGUUGCUGUGUGCACUUGAGAAACCGACUUCCCCUCUCUCUGCCUAUUUGCUUAUCCGUAAAGUGGAAACCAUGACGGAGUCUACCGCGAGUGUUUGCGAUGAUCAUGUCUGAUUAUGCUGCAUGUACUUAGCAGACAGGCUGUGCGCGCCCGCCCAGGUCAGAGACCCUAAUCCUUCAUCAGCCAUCCCCAUUUGUCUUCUGGACAAGGACAAGUACCCUCGUGUGGAAAAGAGGAACUGCCUGCCCUGUAGCUGGAGAGACUGACAUGGCGAGACUGACCUCCGCCCUUGUCCUGCUGGCAGGCCUGCCUGCCUUGGAAGCCAAGGACCUGUUUGCUGAUAAAGAUGAUCCCUUCUACUAUGACUGGGAAAGCCUGCAGCUGGGCGGGAUGAUCUUCGGAGGGCUGCUGUUUGUUGCUGGGAUCGCGAUGGCCCUGAGUGGCAAGUGCAAGUGCAAGGGCAAUGGGAAGCAGGGCCCCUUGCCUGAGAAAGCCACCGCACUCAUCACUCCAGGCUCUGCCAGUGCCUGCUGAGCACAGGACCAGCUCCCAGCGGCGCCCCACCUCUCCCCCAGGCGGAGCCCUCCAGUAUGGACUGGCCCUCCAGGGCAGGCUGUUAGGCUCCCAGGCUCCAAACCUUAUCUACAGAUUAAACUGGUCCCACUGCUC